GCGAGCUCGCGAGAUUUCCAAGCGCACGCCACCAUUCGCGCCCGAGGUCACACAGAGGAGCGCCCUCUUGAAAGCUCUGGCGACGCCAUAGCCAGGAAGAACAGUUAUUUUAUUGGUGGAGGCAGGACAACGCAACACCGCAUUGGUUCUUCGCGGAGGUGGAGGAGGCACAGCGCAAAACCCCCAGAGCUCUUCCAAAUGGGAAUCCAGCGAACAGGUGUCAAGGACAGUAACCAGCUGAGGGAUUCAUCGCUCUUCCGGCCAUCUCAGUCGGAAGUGGACCUCUACCAGCACGACAUGGAAGAUUUCUUGCUCGAUUCUGCCGCGGAGCCAGCUGCGCCGCAUCAGAACAAGCUCCUCUUAUGCGAUCUUCUAGACAUCUCUGGUGUUUUGAGUGAGGCUGCUAGCGCGAUCGUCGAUGAUUCUUUCACCAGGUGCUUCAAGUCCAACAUUCCAGAGCCGUGGAAUUGGAACAUAUACCUAUUGCCCUUGUGGUGCCUUGGCGUGAUCGUGAGAUACUGCAUUCUCUUUCCAGUCAGGGUGUUGCUACUUACGGUGGGCUGGAUCAUCUUCCUGGGUGCUUUUAUCCCGGUUCACUUCAUCCUGAGGAAGCACGACCAUAUGAGAAGGAAGAUCGAGCGAGGGCUGGUAGAAUUCAUUUGCAGUGUCUUUGUGGCUUCCUGGACAGGGGUUGUCAAGUAUCAUGGACCACGGCCAAGCAGGCGUCCUAGACAGGUCUUUGUGGCAAACCACACUUCGAUGAUCGACUUUAUCAUCCUUGAGCAGAUGACCGCCUUCGCUGUGAUUAUGCAAAAGCAUCCGGGAUGGGUUGGUUUACUACAAAACACUGUUCUUGAAAGUCUUGGCUGCAUCUGGUUUAAUCGAACCGAGUCUAAGGACCGCCAUGUUGUCGGGGAAAAGCUUCGAAAGCACGUCAUUGAUCCGGAAAGCAAUCUUCUGCUCAUUUUCCCAGAGGGGACUUGCGUAAACAACGAGUAUAUUGUGAUGUUUAAGAAGGGAGCGUUUGAACUGGAUUGCACAGUGUGCCCGGUUGCUAUCAAGUAUAACAAGAUCUUUGUCGACGCUUUCUGGAACAGUCGCAAACAAUCGUUUACAAUGCACUUGCUGAGGCUGAUGACGUCCUGGGCGGUCGUCUGCGAUGUCUGGUAUUUAGAACCACAAACAAUCCGGCCCAACGAGACACCAAUAGAGUUCGCGGAGAGAGUUCGCGAUAUGAUAGCGAAACGAGCUGGAAUUAAGAAAGUCGCUUGGGAUGGAUAUCUGAAAUACUACCGUCCAAGCUCGAAACUCACGGAGAAAAUGCAACAGAAGUUCGCUGAGAGCAUGCUAAGAAGAUUAAGAACGAAGACAAGUGACGAGGAUCUCAGCACUCCUAUGGAAGGAUAGUACGGUACUCUUUUCUUAAGAAAAAAUUCUCGUUCAUAGUAAUGGCCUGCCUUGGGACAUUGACAGGAGAAAUGUUUUCAAAUGGAGGGGAUGCUAUUGAUAAAACUCCACUAGUUUAAAUGUUCAGCGAGGAAGCUUUUAAGAGACUCGAUGUGCGAGCGGUGCUCUGGCACAAGGAUCGCAUCCCAGCAACGAGGCCCGGAAGAACAUGGUCGAGAAGCCAGGCCGCCGCCCUUCCUGACGCACUCCACCAUCUUCCUGCUCAGCCUCAUCAGGUAAAACGUCGGGCAAGUGCCUCGCAUCACAAUCCCAGACAAAAGGAGCUCCUCGGGAGGAGAUUCACAGAGAAAGUUCUCAUACUUGUCCAGGAGCUCUUGCAGCAAUCCCCGAGGCGAUCAUCUCCGCCUCUGGAUCGCGAUCCCUGUCCUUGAAGCUCCAAUGCGCAACGAGCCGAAUGAAACCAUCCAUCUCCAUCUCGACUGCAACACCGGGGAACAGUGCUGCCAAUUUGGAGCUCCAGCUGACGCCGUGUGACGAUGCGCAUGCCAAGAACAUCGAGGCAGAAGAGCUCCAGGAGUGGGUACUCUUGGACAAGUUCUCGACGUCGGACACUUCCUCUAGCCUAUGAGUCUUGGUGACGCAGGCGAUGGACUUGACGAGGAUCUCCACGGCCCUGGAGCUGCAUGCUAUCCUGCUCGGCCGGCUACAUCAGGUCCAGACCUAAAAAUUGGAGCAUGAGUAGUGAGGAGUAUACUACAUCAUCGGCAGAAAGAAUGAGGUGAAGUCUUUCCAGGAUUUUCUUGGAGAGAAGUUGAAUUUUUGGAGCUGGAACUGUGUACGUGACGUCUACCUGGCAGGUUUCUUUCCAA